CGUCCUCUCCAUUAUUUAACGCAAACGCCGACAUCCACGUCCUUUUUCUCCCUCGCUUCCACCCACUUCUGAUCUCAACUCUCCACCUCUCCGCUGUCGGACGCACUACCCUCUCAAAUCAUCCAAAAUAAGCUCUCCACCUUUACAACUCGAAUCCAUUUCCAUCUCCUCCCGUGCGUUCAGUUCACCAAUGUCGAGCAGCAGUUCAGAGAUCACGACUCCAUCUCCAUCCCAUGAAGCCUCCCCUUCAAGAACGGUCCAACUCGUCCCGCGAAGGGUCUCCGACGGCCUCCUCGUCAAGUUCGCCGACACGUCGGAAUUCGACUUCGAGUACGAGAAGAGCGGCCUGUGGUCGCCGCCGGUGCCGCGCGGUGCCUUCCUCGGCUCGCCGAUGCGCACUGAAUUGAUCGCCGCGCUCAGGGCCGCCUCCGGAAGGCGGCGGCGCAGAGACAAUUCUUGUUUCCAUGUCUUUUGGGGCACAUGACACGGACCAAUGUUGCUGCGUUGGGAAAUGGAUCCGGAUUUGGAGAUGAGGAGCCUGGAUUUUUUGCAACUUAAUCUGUGGUUUAUAUAUUUUCAUUUCUUCUUCUAAAUUUUUAGUGAUUGAUGUAUACAGUAGUUGCAAUCUAUGAGUUUGUAAUGGUCAUUUCCACUCAAUCUUUUGUUUUCAAUUCAUAUUCUCAUAUUGUGUCCUGUAGUCAAAAAUUGGAAUUCUAUCAUGUCUUUUCUUCUUUUCUUCA